CAGUCUGUCUCCGAGUCUCGCUACAGUGCAACGUUACGCUCCGCAUAGUAUUUUAUAUACCAAUGUACCGUGCAUAAAAUUUAUAUUAAUAAAAACUUCACCAUUAUAUUACUGUGAGACGCCUUGGUUAAAAAAAUAUUAAGAUCGAUUCAAAAUAAUACUAAUAAAAACUCCGUGCACGUUAAGGACAGCGUACGAGGCAUCAUGUUGAAGGUAGCGGCUGUGGGCCUGCUGGUCAUAGCGACCGUCAACAGCCAGUGUUUCUACAAAGAUGACUCUUCGAAGAAGCUCGACCCUGAGGCUCGCGUGUCCUUAUACCGAGGGCAGCUGGAGUUCACUCUGAACUUGUUCAACGCCAUUAACAAAGCUGUUCCUGACGACAACAUCUUCUUUUCACCAUUCUCUGUCUACCACGCGCUGGUGCUCGCCUACUUCUCCGCUGGUGGACAAACUGAACACUCAUUAAAGGAAUCUCUGCGGAUCGCUGAGAAUAUGGACAAGAUCAACUUGAUGACGGCAUACAAGGUGGACAAGCGGUCGCGCGCAGCCAACAACAACAGUGACAGCUACGAGUUCACGAACGCCAACAAACUGUUCACAGACGUCAGCCUGCAAGUGCGCCAGUGCAUGCUGGACCUGUUCGGAGAGGAGCUGGAGACACUGAACUUCCGUGAGAAUCCUGAAGCGUCCCGCACGUAUAUUAACGACUGGGUUAGUCGGAUUACUAAGAAUAACAUCAAGGACUUGAUUCCUGAGGACAGCAUCUCGCAGGCUACAAAAUUGGUACUAGCUAAUGCUGCUUACUUCAAAGGAGUCUGGGCUUCCAAGUUCCCCAAGGAGAGGACAAAGAAGGAGGCCUUCUUCGUUUCGGAGACACGCCAGACAUUGGUACCGUUCAUGAAGCAAAAGGGAACAUUCCAUUACAUGGUUAGCGACGAGCUCGGUGCCCAGAUCUUGGAACUGCCUUACAAGGGCAAUGACAUCAGCAUGUACAUCUUGCUACCCCCUUACUCCAUGAAGGAAGGUGUCACCAACAUUAUCGCGAACCUGACCCCGGAGCGCCUGGCCGCUGUUGUCGAAGAAGGUUACAUGGGUCGUGAGGUCAUUGUUGAAAUACCCAAGUUCACCGUCGAAAAGAGCCUGUCCCUAAGAGAUGUGUUGGAAACAUUAGGAGUCGGUGACUUGUUCAAUGUAACAGCCGACUUCACGACGUUGUCGGAACAGCCGGGCAUUCUCUUUGACGAUGCCGUUCAUAAGGCGAAGAUACAAACUGACGAAGAAGGUACCGUAGCAGCUGCAGCAACAGCAAUCUUCGGAUUCCGGUCAUCCAGGCCCGCGGAGCCAACCCGGUUCGUCGCCAACUUCCCCUUCGUGUACCUUAUCUACGAACGUCCCACCAACUCCAUCCUCUUCAUGGGCGUCUACAGAGACCCCAAAAAAUAAACCAAAAGAACUGAACAAGUAUAAUUCUGGAAAAUUUUAAAUUUUUCGCCACUUAUAAGCUAUUGUUUGAAUUUCAGAUCUGUUUGUACUUACUUACGUAAGCAGUAUGCACUAACUAGGGGUUUUUCAAUUUGAGUUAUGUAUUAAUACAUUAAAACACAUCUACUUACUUUUUUGAGUACUUAGUACGAGUUUUCUAUACGUUUACGCGAUUGAAAAGUAUCCGCGUUAAGCUCUCUGAUUGGUUGGUUAACUCGAAGCCGACCAAUUGGGACGCCAUACGUAAUAAACGUCUCGACCGCGAUAAAAUAAAGAAAACUCGCACUAGGCCCUUUGAAAUUAAAGAGUGAAUUACAUGACAACUUAUAAAUAAUCGAAAGCAAAUGAUGAUGAGAGAGAGCAUGAGAUUAUUUGCUAAUAAUCACUACAAAUUUAAAGUUUUAAACAGUGACUAUUCGUAAUCAACAACCAAGUUAUAUUUAGUAAGUUAUGAAAAUCAUUUUCAUUAGAUGUAGGUAAAAUGAUUUUAUUCGCCUAUAAAACAAAUGAAAGCAAUUGUAGAAAUACAUUGUGGGCUAGGUAUAUACUAUUCAUAAUCUUUUCAUUUUAAGAAUCACGAUGUUAUGAAGUGAUCAAUAGUAAUAAAUAAACAUUUAUGUAAAAUAUUUUUGUACUAUGUGAUAUCAAAGCUAGAAUAAAAAACUCAACUACGUGUCUGUCUAUCCUAUAUCUACCUACCUAUUUUUAAGCACCAGUUAAUCUAGAAUAGUUUUAUAUUUAUUUAUUUUACUCUAAGACAUUCAAAUGCAAGAGAUCUUCAAUACUAUUGUUAAAUUGUUUCAUUGAAAUUACAUAGGUCUGUUUGUGAAUUAAGACGUAGCUUUAUGUUUUUAUAGUUUUUUUUAUUAAGGUAACUUUAGCGGAAUAUUUGUGAUUAAGUUUAUUAAACUGACUAUGUCUGCAUGACAUACCCCAACA